AUGCCUGGCGUUACUUCGAAGACUUCAGCGAGCAGCAAAUAUGACCAAAUCCCGGGUCCGCUCGGAUUGGCAUCGGCUUCGUUAGAGGGCAAGGUCGCUCUCGUGACCGGCGCUGGUCGUGGCAUCGGCAGAGAGAUGGCCCUUGAACUCGGACGCCGCGGGGCCAAGGUCAUCGUUAACUACGCCAACAGCGAUUCGGCUGCCCAGGAGGUGGUCAAUCUCAUCAAGAAGAAUGGAUCCGACGCCGCCCGCAUCAAGGCAAACGUGACCCAUGUCAACGAGAUUGUGCGUUUGUUUGACGAGGCCGUCAAGAAGUUUGGCAAGCUGCACAUCGUGUGCUCCAACAGUGGCGUCGUCUCUUUUGGCCACGUCAAGGAUGUCACUCCCGAGGAGUUUGACCGCGUCUUCAACGUCAACACGCGCGGCCAGUUCUUCGUCGCCCGCGAGGCGUACAAGCACCUCGAGGUCGGCGGCCGCCUGAUCCUCAUGGGUUCCAUCACCGGCCAGGCCAAAGGCGUACCCCGGCACGCCGUCUACUCGGCUAGCAAGGGCGCCAUCGAAACGUUUGUGCGGUGCAUGGCCAUUGACUUUGGCGACAAGAAGAUCACCGUCAAUGCGGUCGCGCCUGGCGGCAUCAAGACCGACAUGUACCACGCCGUCUGCCGCGAGUACAUCCCCAAUGGCGACAAGCUCGAUGAUGAGGGUGUCGAUGAAUACGCUGCCGGGUGGUCUCCUCUUCAUCGUGUCGGCUUGCCCAUCGAUAUCGCCCGCGUCGUUUGCUUCCUGGCGUCCCAGGACGGCGAGUGGGUCAACGGCAAAGUCAUUGGCAUUGACGGGGCGGCUUGCAUGUGA